AUGCGAGCAGGCGGCGGGUUCCCGGCGGCGGGCGCGGCCGUCGCUGCCCCUCUGACUCCCCCGCCUUCACAGCUGUCGACGCGGUUCUCUUUCGUCGUCCAGACGACGCACCUGACGCUGAGCGCAGCGCGGCGCGGUCCGCAGCUGGGCCCCUGCAGGGCGAGCCGUCAGCGCGGCUGGCCUACGCCGCUGCCGCUGCCUCCGGCGCCGACGGCCGCAACGUGUCAGCCACAAUUACUCGCAACUUGGCCGCAACUCGGGCCGCCAGUCCACGCCAAGACGCCACCUCCCCCGCUGCUGUCCCCCACACGAGCGCCCGGCGCGCUGUCCGCACACAGAACACCCUCUCACAGAACGCCUACAAGGGCAACAGACGGGUUGCCGGUUGCCGCCCUGCCCUUGGGCCGCGGCCGGAAACUUCAUCGAUCACACACGGCCACACACGAGCUACUGGCCACCCCCGCCCCCGCCCCCGCCCCGCCCCCGCCCAACGCCGCCCUCUCCUCAGGCCGCACAAAUCAGAUCGCCCAGCGCCAGCGCCCGACGCGCAGUUCCUCGGCCGAGAAACACCUAAGAAAGCCGCCGUUUCACCGCGGAGAGGCAGACAACCCUUACACGACCGCCGCCACGAAAGAAAAACCUCGCUCAUUCGGCAGCAGAACAACUGAUGCAUGA